UCAUUGGCUGUCACUUGACCAGACCCUCGUGCCUACGCGCAUGCGCAGCUCGCCAAACAGUUUUGGUUCCACGAGUUUCUCUGCUCUCCACGGCUUUGUGCAUUCUUUCAGCAGCAUAAUAACUACUAUUUCUCGGAUACGUUAAAAUAGGCUGAUCAGCACGGCGGUUGCAGCGAGCAGAAGGCGUGCGUGCGUUUUAAACAACAUGCAGCAGUGAGCCUGUGUGUCCACUGGAAGCUAGUGUUGGCGUAGCUGUGCUAGAUGCUAAUGUUAUGGCACUGAACGCAGGAAAACACCGCCUGUGAUUGACAGCCCACUCACUGCUUUGCGUUACCGAUUCGGUCGGGUUGCUCGUGGAAUGGGGCAGUGGAAACUUUGGUUGGUUUAAUUUGCAGAACUGAGGGAAGAGGAAGCAGGCGGCACCGGGCCUUCGGUCACGUCGCGCACGACUUCAGUGACCGACACUAACAUUAUAACAUGGGGACCUGAGGCGAAUUCAGGUCAAACAACGUUUCUGCCGCAGUUUUUCGGACUUUGCUCAUGAAAAUGGCCGGUUUUACGGAUCUGCGGGAGAAGCUGAAGUCGAUGACGCCACACAGGGACAAAGUUUUCGAGCACAGUAACGGAGAGAAGCGCAAAUACCGCGAGUCGGAUGACGACGAGGAGCGGCGCGACGCGGAGGCGCAGAAAGUCAAGAGCAGCGUUAAGCAAGCGAAUAUCUUCACGCAGGAGGAGUGCGUGCGCAUCGAGGCCAAGAUAGACGAGGUGGUCGCCAAGGGAGACAAGGGGCUCUACCGGGAGCACACGGUGGACCGGGCGCCGCUGCGGAACAAGUACUUUUUCGGCGAGGGCUACACUUACGGCUCGCAGCUGGAGAAGCGCGGGCCUGGGCAGGAGCGGCUGUACUCCAGAGGCGAGGUGGACGAGAUACCGGAGUGGGUGCACGAGCUGGUCAUCGAUCGCCUCGUGACGCACGGCGUCAUACCGGAGGGCUUCGUUAAUAGCGCCGUGAUCAAUGACUAUCAGCCCGGGGGCUGCAUCGUGUCCCACGUGGACCCCAUUCACAUCUUCGAGCGGCCGAUCGUGUCGGUGUCGUUCUUCAGCGACAGCGCGCUCUGCUUCGGCUGCAAGUUCCAGUUCAAGCCCAUCCGUGUGUCCGAGCCGGUGCUCUACCUGCCCGUCACGCGCGGGAGCGUCACCGUCCUCAGUGGCUAUGCAGCCGAUGACAUCACGCACUGCAUCCGCCCACAGGACAUCAAGGAGAGGAGAGCUGUCAUCAUUCUGAGAAAAACGAGGCCAGAUGCCCCUCGUUUGAGCUCUUCACUGAGCCCAUCCAUCCACUCUUCUGAGAGACGACACAUACUCAAAGCCAAACGCUCACACCGCAAGGCCGACCCAGAUGCUGCACACAGGCCUCGUGUUUUAGAGAUGGACAAAGAGCUGCAGAGGCGUUCCCUCUCUUCCCGACAGAGACGUCACGACGGAGACAGUUCAGAGAAUUCAUGGAGGAGAGCUGACGAGAGAGAGCCGGGCUCACGAUACACACCUGACCACGCACCCGCUCGACGAGUCAAAAUGAGACGUCACUGAGACGCAGUCAGGACUCAAUGCUAAUCUCCUCAGACACCGUUGCGUUUGCUCGAGGGGACCGGAAGCCAACAGAGUGACUCAGUAAAAGAGAUGCUUCCCGUGUGGGUGGAUUCAAGGACAUUAGGCAGCGGCUGCUUUACUUAUUAAGAGGCUUUAUCUAUCUAUUCAGACAUAUCAUUAAGAUCCACUAUAUUUUGUUCUGUGUGUUUAAAGGAAAUGUAUGGAAUAAAAAGACAUGUAAGCUGACUAGUUGAAUUCAGUCAUAAUUCAUCAGUUUGCACCAGUUAACUUCAUGUGCCAGUGUCAUGCAUACAUACGUUCACAUAACUAUCAAAUAAAAAUUUGCAUUGGA